CUUUCGCUUUACAUAUAAAUACUUACAAGAUUACCGCUUAUCCGCGUUCACUAACAGCUUUCCUCUCUCCCACUUUUUUCUUGUCUACACAAUUAUCCAUUUCUUUUGUUCCUUUAAGCCCAGUACAACCUCACGUUUCCAUAUCCAUCUCCCUAACUCCAUUAAUGUCGACGGUCUCAGCUACUUCUGCUACCUGCACUUCUCCUCUGAGGCUCUCCUCCUUUCUCACCAAACAGGGGGCUGGAAACACUUCUAGUUUGAAGAUGGUUAGUGUUGGUUGGGAAAAAAAAGGCUUUCCUUCUCUGAGGACCUCUCGGUUCCAGGUCUCCUGUGGGGCCAAGCCUGAGACUGUGCAAAAAGUUUGUGAUAUAGUGAGGAAACAAUUGGCAUUGCCUGAUGAGACUGACCUUACUCCAGAGUCCAAGUUUUCUGCCCUUGGUGCUGAUUCACUUGAUACAGUGGAAAUAGUAAUGAGUUUGGAGGAAGAAUUUGGGAUAAGUGUAGAAGAGGAAAGCUCUCAGAACAUAACAACAGUUCAAGAAGCAGCUGAUUUAAUAGAGAAGCUUGUGCAAAGCAAGCCUGCAGCGUAGGUGUAGAGCCGAGAAAGUACAAGUUUUGAGCUUAGGGGCAAUUAUGUUGAGUUUGGUCCAAUUUAAAUUCCCUUGUAAUAUUUGAUUUGAAUUCAUUUUCAAUUCUUAAGUUUCUUUGUGAUUGAAAAUUGACAUGGUAAGUGUGUAAGCUUGUCUUGGACAUUGUCUAUUUUCUCUUUCUUUUUUAUAUGUAUUAAUUUGCUUUGGUACGAAAUGAUAACCAUUUGGCCCACA